AUGCGCGAAACCAGAAACUAUUCCAUGCCGGAUCGGUCGAGGCCCGGAGAAACAACGGCCGUUACCAGUACUUGUGUUUCAAGGGGUGCUGGUGGACAUGCUACUUGGAAAAACGAAAGAAGAAGACGACGAUGUGGAGGAGAACAGUGGAGGAGUAGAAGAGAGAAGCAUGCGAACAGGAAGGCGAAGAAGGUGGAACUGAAAGUAGGAACGCUGAACGUGGGGACGAUGACUGGAAAGAGCAGAGAGAUAGCAGAUGUCAUGGAAAGAAGAAAAGUGGAUGUGCUCUGUGUCCAAGAGACCCGGUGGAAAGGAGAGAAGGCCAGGGUGAUUGGAGGAAGCUGCAAGAUGUGGUAUAGAGGGGAUGAUGGACAGAGAAAUGGGGUAGGAGUCGUGGUCAGAGGAGACCUGGUGGACAAUGUGGUAGAGGUGGAGAGGAUAUCAGACAGAUUGAUGACGAUGAAGCUGGAGGUGAACGGAAUCCUUAUCAACAUCGUGUGUGCAUACGCGCCACAGGUGGGAUGUGACGAAGAGGAGAAGGAGGCUUUCUGGGCAGACAUGGAUGAAACAGUGGAGAAAAUACCAAGAUGCGAAAGGUUGGUGAUUGGAGCUGAUCUGAAUGCCCAUGUGGGCGAAGGUAACACAAAUGACGAAGAGGUAAUGGGAAAGCACGGGUUCGGAAGAAGAAACGCAGAAGGCCAGAUGGUUGUGGACUUUGCCAAAAGGUGGGAGCUUAUGGUGAGCAACACCAUGUUUGUGAAGAGGAGCAAGCAGAAAGUGACGUACAGCAGCGGAGGAAGAAGCACGCAAGUGGACUACGUGCUUGUGAGAACAGAGAGAAUGAGAGAUGUGUGGGACACUAAGGCCAUUGUUGGAGAAAGUGUAGCAAAACAACACAGGAUGGUUGUGAGCAGGCUGGUCAUGUGGGCAAAGUGGAGAAGAGCUGAAAAGCGGGAGCCUCGCACAAAAUGGUGGAAGCUCCGGGACCAAGAGAUGCAAAACAUUUUCAGAGACAAGGUGCUGGAAAGUAAAGUAAUGGAGGGCGAUGGAGGCUACGAGGAGGUGGCCAACACAAUCAGAGAUGUCGCAAGAGAAACAUUCGGUACUGGUUCUGGGAAGAGCAGAAGAGAAGAUCAUGAAACGUGGUGGUGGAAUGAAGAGGUAAAAGUGGUGGUUGAAAACAAAAAGGAAGCGAAGAAGCAGUGGGAGGUUAAUAGGGAUGAAGGGAGCAAGGAGAAUUACAAGAUAACAAAGAGGGAAGCGAAGAGAGCUGUUGCCAUAGCAAAGAGUGAAGCAUUCCAGGAUCUGUACGAGCGUCUGGAGACGAAAGAGGGAGUGAAUGAAGCGUACCGAAUAGCCAAGCAGAGAAACAGACAAAGCCAGGACGUGCAGCAAGUGAAGGUGGUUAAGAGCGAAAAUGGAGAAGUCUUGGUGGAGGGACAAGCAGUGCAGCAAAGAUGGAAGGAGUACUUUGAAGACCUGCUUAACCAAGAAAAUCCGAGAAUGAAGAAAGGGAAAGCCAGAGGCCCCGAUGACAUACCAGUGGAGGCUUGGCUGUCGAUGGGAGAUGUUGGUAGUGGGUGGCUUACGAACUUGCUGAAAGGAGAGAAGAUGCCGGAUGAGUGGAGGAAAAGUGUGCUGAUACCUAUCUACAAAGGCAAGGGUGACUCCAAGGAAUGUGGAAACUACAGAGGAAUAAAGUUGAUGAGUCACACGAUGAAGCUGUGGGAGCGAGUAGUAGAAGCAAGACUGAGGAGCGAAGUUGAGAUCGGUGACCAGCAGUUCGGGUUUAUGCCAGGAAGAAGUACCACAGAUGCAAUCUUCGCACUGCGGCAGGUGAUGGAAAAGUGGCGAGAAGGCCAGAAGGAGUUGCACUGCCUGUUUGUUGAUCUGGAGAAGGCAUACGACAGGGUCCCGAGACAAGAACUGUGGGAAUGUAUGCGCCAGGCGAGGGUGUCCGAAUGUUAUGUGGAAGCCAUCCAGGGCAUGUACGAGGGAGCGAGAACAGCAGUGAGAAGCGCGGCAGGACUGACAGAGGACUUUUAA